GACGAUUGGAUUGUAUUGAGGGGGGUACAUCUACAUUGUUUCUAAGAGUGAGGACGAUCGGACUGUAUUUACUGUCCCUUUGUGAAGUGGAAGUUUAUGGCGGUAAAUGUGCUUCUCUUUUGGAUGAUACUAUCUGUCUAUUUGUUUGCUUAUGUGACCACGGCUGGUACGGACGAGACUGUGAGCAUCGAUGUAACUGUGCAGACAGCAACGAGGUUUGUUUUGUGGCCUCGGGUGGCUGCCCUUCUGGCUGCGCUUUGUGUUUGGCCGACACCCAUGACGUCAAUGUUUGCCAUCAUGUCAACGGCACCUGUCUGCUUGGUUGCCAGAUUGGAUUUAAAGGACCUUGGUGUAAUAUGACUUGCACUCCAGGUACCUACGGCCACGGGUGCAACUACAUGUGCUCCCAACUGUGUGCGCCAGACGUCAGCAACAGCAGCAGCCCAGCUUGUCAUCAUCUUCAUGGUGUCUGCCUCAAUGGAUGCCAGGCGGGCUACAAAGGGCAGAUGUGUAAUCAAAUUUGUCCCCCUGGACAGUUCGGUCAGGAUUGUAGCUUGACCUGUGCCCAGUCUUGCUUGCCCGACAACAGAAAGAUCCACAUAUGUCAUCUUGUCACUGGCAGAUGUCUGCUGGGAUGUCUGCCUGGCUAUGAGGGCGCCCGCUGCAACCAAACUUGCAAGUCUGGACUCUACGGUGUUCUCUGUAAGUUACAGUGUCCUCAGUUCUGCAGCUGGGACCCCACGGGUACACCCAGCUGUGACCACGUGACUGGGUUAUGUGUGGGUGGGUGCCAGCCUGGAUACACAGGAGAGAUGUGUAACACACUCUGCCAGCCAGGCAUGUACGGACCGGACUGCUCCUGUGUGUGUUCCGAGCUGUGUGCAGUCAACAGUGACGGAAAUCACCAGUGCCACCACAUCACUGGAGCCUGCCUCCGUGGAUGUCAGAGAGGCUACACCGGAGCCUGGUGCAACAACACCUGUGAGGAUGGUAGCCAUGGAGACAGAUGUAGCCUUCCGUGUCCCGAGUUUUGUGACGUCAGCGACAUCGAUGUCCCCGCCUGCCACCACAUCGACGGCACCUGCAGCCAAGGAUGCCAGGAUGGCUACCAGGGGCCAACCUGUAAUAAAU